GGGUUUUACCUUUUUUUUUUUUUUGUGGUUGAUUAGCAAAAUGAACGAGCAAAGCCUUUCAGUCAUGGCUGAAAGAAAAUUUUCUGAUGAAGAAGCGAAGAGAUUAGAAGAAGAAGAAGAAGAAAAAGAAGAGGCAGAAGACGAAAGCGAAGGUUGGGACGACUGGUGGGAAGAAGACGAUGAAGAAGACACUUCGAUAUCUGAUUUCCUCUGCUUGUUCUGUGAUACAAAGUACGAUUCCUGCAUUUCGCUUUUCGAGCAUUGUCGUUCGAGCCACCACUUCGAUUUCCAUGGCAUUAGGAGCGCGUUGGGUUUGGAUUUCUACGGUUCGUUUAAGCUCAUUAACUAUGUUCGAUCACAGGUGGCAGUAAACAAAUGUUGGAGCUGCAAGCUUAUCUGUCAGUCCAAGGAAGAGUUGCAGAAUCAUCUGCAUGAAACUGUCAAUUUUGAAGACAUUAAGCUUCUUUUGGAUGAUGAUAGAUACUUAAAACCUUUCAUGCAAGAGGAUUCACUUUUAUAUAGUUUUAGUGGGGAUGAAGAUGGUGAAGAUGUUUCCACAUCAUUUGAAAAAGAGGAACUUUUGAAGUAUUUGGGAAAUAUAGAAGAAAUAUGCAUCAAUGAUGAGGAUUCUGAGGAGAAUUUGGAUAUACAUAAUGAUAUUUCUGACAGAAAAGUAAGUAAAGAUGUUUCCUUGACUUCCAAUGGAGAUCUAACCAAAGAAACUUCUGUGGAGAAGGGGACGGCCAACGGUAUAGUUUCAGGAAGAAUGGUUGGAUCAUACGAUAAAAACAUGAAGGAUAAGCAUUCACGAGUUUCUAUUAUGAACUUAGUUGCAAGGGAUGCCAGAAAGGUGAAUGAGAGUUAUUUUGGAUCUUAUAGUUCAUUUGGCAUCCAUAGGGAGAUGUUAGGUGACAAGGUACGAACAGAUGCUUACAAGCAAGCUAUUUUAGAAAAUCCCUCCGUCUUUAAUGGUGCUAUUGUAAUGGACAUUGGUUGUGGGACGGGAAUAUUGAGUCUUUUUGCAGCCCAAGCAGGGGCUUCAAGAGUAAUUGCAGUUGAAGCCAGCGAGAAGAUGGCUGCAGUGGCAACUCAGAUUGCGAGAAACAAUGGUCUUUUGCAGGAUAAAACCCAUAGUGAGUGUUCUGGGGUAAUUGAGGUAGUUCAAUGUAUGGUUGAAGAGCUUGAUAAAUCUAUACUCAUUCAACCCCACAGUGUUGAUGUGAUAGUCAGUGAAUGGAUGGGAUAUUGCUUACUUUAUGAGUCAAUGCUUAACUCAGUUCUUUAUGCACGGGAUCAGUGGUUGAAACCUGGAGGUUCUCUCCUCCCUGAUACAGCAACUAUUUUUAUUGCAGGAUUUGGAAAAGGUGGUACCAGUCUUCCCUUUUGGGAAAAUGUUUAUGGCUUUGAUAUGACUUGUGUGGGCAAGGAACUUGUACAAGAUGCUGCUCGAAUUCCUAUUAUUGAUGUUAUAGAUGAUUGUAAUUUAUUGACGGGUCCUGCAGUUCUCCAGACUUUUGACUUGGCAACAAUGAAGCAUGACGACGUGGAUUUCACUGCAAGUGUUGAGCUGGAACCCAAGUUAGAAAAUACAGUAAAUGAAUCAAACAAGUCAGAAUGUUUAAACUGGUGCUAUGGAGUUGUGUUAUGGUUUGAAACUGGCUUCACCAGCAGGUUUUGCAAAGAAACGCCCGUCGUGUUAUCCACAUCACCAUACACUCCCAAAACCCACUGGUCACAAACUCUGUUGACUUUCCGGGAACCUAUAGCAAUGGUAGUGGGAAAACAGAGUACUGAUAGAUCAGGAGCGGUAGGGACAGAUGUCUGUCCUGCUGCAAGAAUUCAUUUACGUAUUAGUAUCGCUCGUGCUUCUGAACAUCGCAGCAUUGACAUUUCCAUGGAAACUACCGGAGUCGGAGCUGAUGGUCGGAAGCACAGUUGGCCAGCACAGAUAUUUACUCUAUCUUAAAGCCUUGAUGUUUCACAGGCUGUGUUGAAUCCGGUAUUUUUCCUUCCUGCCCCGGUAAAAUUUUCUGGAAAGAAGAAACAAAAAUCUAUUAUUUUCCUUGUGUUCUCAAUUUUUACUUUUCACCACGGUGCUUGUUAACCAUGUAAAAUUAGUUUUUCUUACCAUCCCUAGUUCAUUGAUCUUUUGUCUAGUCUUUUCCUUUUCCAGUGACUUGCUUGUAUAAGGUUUGGCAUUAGAACACAAUGAUAUCUCUAUAGCUUUUCAGAAUUGGCAAGGAAUGGGGUGGGGUGUUUAGUUUAUUUCACAACCAAAUUCACUUUAUGUUAGAAUUAGACCAGUAAAAUUUAGGUUUAA